CACCAAAAUUUAGUUAAAACAGUCUGUUUCAACUUUCAAUUCCCUCCUCUAUCUUUCUCUCUCUCUAGAACCUUCCCUCCUUCCAAUUUUCUCUCUCUACCUAUACAUACAUAAUAUUUUCUUUACUGCCCAUAUAUUCACCUAUGCAAUCUCUGUUUCUUCUUCUUGAAUUCUGAUUUCUAGUUAUUAGUCUCUAUUCUGUUGGUUCUUCGUUUUUCUUUUUAGUGUUCGUUUAAUUUUCUGUUACGAAGUUUUUUAAUGGAGAUGCAAAUGACAAUGGAGGAUUCGUGUUCGAUUUCGUCGCUUUUUGAGUUUUCUUCUGGAAUAUCCGCCGCUGCUAAAAAUCGAAUAGUUCGGAAAUUGACGAAGAUACCUAUAAUACCGUGCACGCCUCGAAGUUGUAAAUUUAGGGUUUGUUAAAUCUUCUGUAAGGUUUGGUCAAAUUUACUCUUUACUUGUCUUGUUUUUACUUCCUGAAGCCGAAUUUUAAAGAAUUGAUGUGGGAUUUUACCACGGUAUUGUGAAUUUCGUGCUCGCGAAGUUGCUAAGUUCGGAACAUUGUGGCAAUUGUUGGUUCGGAAUUACCGAAUUUUGAAUUUCCUGCUUGAUAAUUCUGUCAAAUUCGAGAAAAUUUGUGUUUCUAUUGUUGUAUUUCAUGUGAAAGUUCGGAAAAUUUAGCCGUUUGUUUGGUAUAUGUGAUAUUUGAAUCUUAUGGCGGGUAGACAACUAGGUUUCCCCAAGACGAGUGGUUGUAACUUGAAAGAGCAAUUAGUGAGGAGAACUUUGAAUAAUGUGAGGUCUCAAGGACAUACGUAUAUUGAGCUUAGAGAAGAUGGGAAGAGAUUAGUCUUUUUCUGCACGCUAUGUCAUUCGCCGUGUUAUAGUGAUUCUGUCCUGUUUAAUCAUCUGAAAGGUAGUCUUCAUACUGAAAUGGUCGCAGCUGCUAAAGCCACAUUGUUGAAGCCGAAUCCAUGGCCGUUCAAUGAUGGUGUGCUUUUCUUUAAGGAUCCGGAGCAUGAUAAGCAGCACUUGCCUAUCGCGAAUGUUGGUCAAAGCAGGCUGGCUGACACUUGUCUUGUAGAUGAAAGUAGCCUUGCUAUUGUUGAGUAUGGUGGAAAUUCGAGACCUAAUGGGGAUGUACCUGAUCUCGAGGAUGAGUACUGUGAGUUGACUGGUAAUGGACAGAGUGAUAACUUGGUUAUUCCGGGUGUGUUGUGUAAAGAUGAAUUAUCUGAUCUAGAAGUGAAUCUUAUUGGUAUUGGACAAAUUGCUGUGCGGCUUACUGUGCAUGACAUUGACUCUAAAAGCAUUCGUAAAAUAUGGUGUGAAUGGUUGGGAAAAAAUGAUUCUGAUGAUAUCGAUGUCUCUGUGGUGCCAGAUCAUGACUUUGCGGUUGUUACAUUUCCUUAUAACUAUAAUUUGGGUAGGAAGGCGUUACUUGAUGACAGAUUUUUGCUCCCCUCCAGUCCUUAUUCGGAAUCUGAGGAGACCAUAACCAUUGGUGCUGGAAACAAGAGGAGGAGGAAGUCAUUUUCGGACCCGGAGGAUAUCAGUGAGUCUUUGAGUAAUCAGUGUGAUUCUUCUGGGGAAGAAUCUCAAUCAACAAAUAGCUCAAAUAUGAGACUGAUAUUGGGAACACGUGAUGAUCAACUAGUGGGUUCAAGAAUUAUAUCCAGCAAAACAAUGAGGAGAGAGUUGAGGAAACAGCAGCGAGUAGCUUCUGAGAGAAUGUGUGAUAUCUGCCAACAGAAAAUGCUUCCUGGUAAAGACGUGGCAGCUCUACUGAACAGGAAAUCUGGAAGACUUGUUUGCAGCAGUAGAAAUUUGACAGGGGCGUUUCAUGUGUUCCAUGUAUCUUGCCUGAUUCACUGGAUACUUCUAUGUGAAUUGGAAACUUAUGGAAAACCCGUCGACGAACCAAAAGUGGAAACCAAAGCAAAACGAAGAUCUAAGAGGAAGACUGGAGCGAAACACAGUGCAAAAGGGAAGAAAGAUGAGAUAAAAGCAGUGAGGAGACAGAUAUACUCGGUGUUCUGUCCAGAAUGCCAGGGCACUGGUAUAAGCAUUAAGGGAGAUGACCUGGAGAAGCCUACUGUCCUGCUUUCUGAG